ACUGAGGGUGUUGCAAAAAGUAAAAAUGUCUAACCUUAAGGAGCCCCUUAUGAAAGAUCAGUUUAUAGAACGUAAAGUGCUAAGUCCGGCUCCAUCGAAUUCCAAAAAACUGUUCACUCCCUUUGCCAUAUGUUUCUUCCUCUUCAUCUAUUACCUAGUGGCCGAAAGGAAUCCAUCUUGUACUUGUUCGACCCCAUGGACAGAAAAGCAAAUUACUGGGAAUCGAGAGUACAAGAAGUAUCUGGUCUACACUGAACAUUGUAAGAUUCCCUACUUUGAGCCAAUAGAGGAUCAGUUCAAAAACAACAGUGGUCAUAGUCGAUCUUUCGAUUGCUCAGAGCACAGACGAUUGACUGUGGUUACAUACAAUAAAAAAUCAAAUCGGCAUAUCCUUCGAGUUAGAGAGGAGUUGAUUCCUCACUACAUUGGUAUGAAUGGUUCAAUCAGUUGCUGUUACCAAUCCAUUACUAGAGGAAAUUCAAGGAAACAACCAGACGAUGCUAUAGCAAUAUCACACUGUUUGGCAAUACGUGAAUCAACCGUUCUUGGGCAAUAUGAUGAAUUUGUUCGAGUUACCUGCAAGGAUAAUAGGAAUAAUGAAGUCUACUCAGAUGUCCACACCGUAAUCCCAGUACGGAUUGAUUUACAGGAGCGACUUGAGUACUGGCGUAAAAUGAAACUAAAACGUACCCCCAACAUCCUUCUCAUUGGUAUAAGUGGCAUAUCUCGAAUGAACUUUCAUAGAACAAUGCCAAAGACUUGGAAAUACAUCGUGGAGAAUCUAUGGUUCACGCUAGAUGGUUAUAAUAAGGUAGAUUACGACACAUUUGCUAAUCUCAUGGCCAUUCUAACUGGCUACAACUCCCAAUCGGCCAAUAAAAUGUGCAACCCCCGAAUAGUAGGCAAACUAGAUCAUUGCCCAUUCAUAUGGCAGGAUUAUCAGAAAGUCGGCUAUGUAACAGCGUAUGCAGAAGACGACACAUUUGGAAGCACUUUCAACUACAAAAAGAAAGGAUUCAAUGGACCGCCCACAGACUUUUAUAUGAGACCGGCCGUGUUGGCACGAUUUCAUUACGUGAAAAGGCGCGGAAAAUGUUUAGGAUACAAACAUCGAGCGGAAUACGUCCUGGACUACCUUAUAAAUUUCGUGAAAACUUUUAGAAAUGAUCCUCUAUUUGGACUAUUCUGGACAAAUUCUUUUGCCAAUAACAAAUUCAGAGAUGCAGAGGAAAUUGAUGAACAAUUCGUGGAUCAUUUUAAUCAAUUGGAGCAUUUAGGGGUGAUGAACAAAAGUAUAAUAGUGUUUAUGGGGGAUUACGGAAUUAUGGUCAAUGCAACCAGAUAUUUCCAAUUCAGCCAUUUGGAAGAACGGUUGCCGAUGAUUCACGUAUGGCUUCCGAAGUGGUUCCGAAGUGAAUACCCAGAGUUUGUUCGAGGUCUCAUGAUAAAUCAAGGUCGUCUAACCAGUCCUUACGACCUGCACGUAACACUGGAGCACAUCCUCCUUACAUCUGGCAGGACCAUACAUUCUCCAGAUGGCUCCCUAGACAGUCCCAGCAGUCAAUCCCUUUUUCACCCCAUCCCCAUCAACCGAACUUGUAACGACAUAGGAAUCGAAGAUCACUGGUGUGCCUGUUCCAGCGCAUCUUCUGUUAACGAAGCCUCACCAGAUGUACAAGUAGUCACCCAGAAAGUUAUUGGUCAAAUUAACGAAAUGAUCAAAUCCUUUUCAAACGAUACGCAACUAUGCGAAGAGCUGCAUUUGAAGCAAGUGUUGGAUGCAAGGAAAACUAUCUUGCACUCCAAUAAGAGGAUCAAGUCAAAAGCUGAAUACGAGAUACAAUUCCGAACUUCGCCAGGGGAUGCAGUUUUUGAAUGCGUGGCACAAUACAAUCCCAUCACAAAUUGGUUCGCCAUCAAAGGACCCAUAGGACGCGUUAAUUUCGAUGAAGAUUCAUCACGUUGUGUGGAUGAUUAUCUUAUGAAGUUAUAUUGUUUUUGCAAGUAA